AUGACGAAUGUUCACAACCCCUGUCCAAAUGCCGGCAUCAAAACAAAAGCUCCGCUUGUUUCCAUAUUUUCCGAAAACCACAACAACAUAUCGAAUACUGGUAAGCAGCAGAGGCAACAAAUUGUGUGCUUAAUUCUAACUUUCUCUUUCCUCCCUUGUUACACAAUCCGCAGUAAUGUAUGCAACUCAAAACCACAGUGCAUGGAACUGGCAAGCAUCAUCCGGGAACAGUUCCCGGACGCAGAAGUUGUUUGUCACACGGGUAGACGCGGUUCGUUCGAGGUGCAGAUUAACGGUUCGCUAGUGCACUCCAAACUCGGGUCGUUAGCAUUCCCACGAUACGAGGAUGUGGUGCAGAACGUGCGCAAUGCACGAGACGGUUUGCCCUUAAACAAAGUGUCCGAACAGCCGAUCACUGACUGUGUGGUGCAGUAA